UCGCCUUCAGUUCAUUAACAGUCCAGUUACAGAGAAGACCAUACUGAGUCGAGAUGAUUUUAAAGCUUUUAAUUUUUUCGAUUUGCCUGCAAAUCGCCCUAUGCUUUCCGGAUGGUGCCCCAACCCAAGCCUGUGAAGAUAUGACACCGGUUCAUGGCCUAAAUCAACCUCGUCCGGAGGAAAUGCCAGUGGAUGUGCUGCUGGAGAGAAAUGUCAUUCGUGCCGGUGAACUUAUAUCUGUAUCACUUCGAGCAAGGAAUGACACAAUGUUCGGACCGCUUCAAUUCAGAGGAUUUAUAAUUCAAGCUAAAAUUACCGGAGCUGGGUCUAUACCUGGUCGAAAUGUUGGUACUUUUGAAUUGACUGACGGCGCCAGACAUGUAGUAUGUCCGACAUUAGGGGUGAAUUCGGUCGCAACGCAUACGUCAAACAGUGAAAAGGGAUACAUUCGGUUGCUAUGGAGAGCACCAGUCAAUAUAUUUGAACCUACCAUUACAGUCAACUUUUAUUACUCAAUCGUUUGGAUGGUCCCGAUGUUCUGGACCAAUGCCGUUUCCAGUCCUCUUAUCAUUGAAAAUCCGAUCCUUAUGGAAAAUCCAUAGUGUAAAUUGAGUGAUAAGAACGAACAAAUAUAAGAUUUUUGGAAAAAUGCAA